AUGGUUCGCAUUCCUGCGCCGUACAUUUCAGAUUUGAGAUUGGUGCGCCAUGGACUGAGACUCUAUCGGGUCCCUAACCCACUGACGGGCUUUACUGAUAGCCUGCGCUUUCAAUCCUCUCUUACAGCUAUGCUCUCACAGUUUUACGCUAAGCACUGUCUGGACAGUGACUCUCCCACGCCUGUCAAUGAGCUGGAAACCAAGGCAUGCACCAUUAUUUGCGAGGGCGCGAUGUGGUCUCAAUUGAACAAUCAAUUUUAA